AUGCUUGUCAGUGUUCAUCUGCUUAUUGGGCUCUACGGAGUAUUCUAUUGUUCUUUCGUAUAUGGAGGAAGCGACAUUGAGAUCGUGCUGGAUACUGAUGGAUUUGUAGCUGUCGACAAUCGGGUCGCUGAUAGUGUUGAUUCUCGAGUGCAUGUUAGUGAAGAAACUGAUUUCGACCUUAAACGCGUUCGUGAGAACAUAAAGAUUGAUGAUGUCGUUAAAUCUAACGAAGAUUCAGUGAUAACAAUGCUGCAGCGAGAACUGGCGACUGUCGACCAGAUGAUCAAACUCCAAGAAAAGAAGCUUCAGGUAUUGCAGAAAAUGCGUAGUCUCUGGCUGCACGAGCAAGAAGCGCAACUACAUCAAGAUGUAGAGGAGUUGAAAAAAGAGAGUGCAAAUGUCGUGGAAUUUAUUGAGCAAAAGUUGAAUGAUGUGAUUGGAGAGACUGAAGCAGUAUCAACAUUUGAUACAUAUUUUGUCGAGAAAGCGUCGAUCACUAUGGAGACAGAAGUGAUUGGUAUGACAAGUACAGUCAUGGGUACAAUGCACUUGAUUGCACUUGCGUACAAAAAUGGUUUCAUUGUGUUUUAUACGUCGCGCAUGAAGGAGAUGGUGCGACUGGAUACAAAAAUGCGAAUGGUUGAGCAAAUAUUCCUUGAAUGGCAGGAUGACCAGCCGUGUCUUGUUGUGACAUUUGAGACUUCAGAAAUUGGUAUCUACGAGCUUCAGCUCACUGAUAAGAACGGAAGUGUUGGUGAUAAUCAAGAGCCAAUGGUUACAUAUGCGGGUGAGCCUGAAUUCUUGUUAAGUGUCAGUAGAUUUCGUAAUUAUCAAUUGCCAUAUAAAGUAUCUGGAUUAUCGAUCACCCGAUCUUCCCGUCAACUAAUUUUAGCGGUUGCACAAAUUGACGGAACGAUUGACUUUCGAGCGUUAAAUGGGACCAGUUUGCACAAGUUCCAGACAAAUGCAUCAAUAUCCGUAGUAGAGAUAAACAGAAAUCGCUUAGCGUUCAGCGAUAUGGCCAACGUUGUGAUUACUAUUUUAACACGCGCUCAUAGCCCAGUCUUCUACACUUGUCCAGGAUCAUCAGCGAAUGUGGAGUCCAUAGCUUUUGAUGUAUUGCAGCCAGACAUUAUAUACGUAGGUACUCAACGAGGAGAGAUUCUGGUCUACGCUAUAGCUGGUACAACUUCUGAAGUACUGGCUUGCCGACUACUCUCUCGAUCUUUUGUGACAAAAAGCACAGAAUACAAGGCUCCUGUUUUGCUUGUAACGACCGAAGCCUAUGUCAUCGCAGCUGAGAAGGACGAGAUCGUUGUGUUUAAUAUUUCUAGAAUCCUUCAAAAUGGUAUUUCGCUUGUGCAAUUGUGCUCAAUUCGCCUUCGCAAGCCGCUAUAUAUGACCCAGGGUGACUUAAACAAGUUUCCAAGAAUGAUGUAUUCCGAAGAAAAUUCGGGCUCUUACCUCACUAUCAUCAGCAGAAAUAAAGAAGGACAAGACAUGUUAACUAUAUAUUACAGCCUUCUUCCAAAGGAACGAGAUACGCUUGAUUACCAGUGGACACUAUAUCUCCCUGGCAUUGUAAUUGUUAUCGCAGUUGUCGGAGCUCAAGUAUUUCUCAAAUGGAAGAAACCAGCUAAUGUGAACCCGUGGACUUUAAAGUAUGAUUCGAAUCGCGCAAGAGCAACGGGCAAAAGCUCGCUCACUCUAAUUAUUAAUCGGCAACCAUCGUGCUUUGAUCAGAAGCGAAUUCAAAGGUCGCAUCUCUCGAAGGGAGCCCAGAUCGCCGGCAGAGUGCUAACCAUUACACUCAAAUGUCCAAUCAUGAGAAAAGUGCGUGUAGUCGUCGUCCCGAAGAAAGUCGAUACAUCUAAACGCAUAGACAAUGGUACAAAAUCUGAAACAAAGCAAGAAUUUAUUGGAUGGAUCCCGUUUGACUAUCUGGUAAAUCAACUCAAGGACGACGUGAGUCGAUAUUGGCAAUGUGAUCCUUUCAAAUAUGAUCUUUGUGACGAACUUGGCAAUGUUCUUCAAGACAAUAAAGUGCUUGAGCUCGCGCAUUUUCACCCUGCAACGUUGCAGCUUAGGCAAAAUGAAUGUCAACCACCAAGUGCAAUAAGAAAAGCCAUGAAAACGUCGGAAUAUUUUCGAAUGUAUGACCAGCUCUUCAAUCUCUUCGUGUUUCAUGCUUUGCAAAAUCGUCAAAGGUGCUCACUCCGAAUAACUAGUUACCAGUUCAAGAUACUCUUGCAGAAAAGUACCGCAAGAACGAUUUUUCAGCAAGAAAAGAAACUGGUUUUUGAUCAACGCGUGGCUUUGGCUUUUCAAGCCGCUCAGUCGAAUGUCAAUAAUAAUGGAAAUGCAAGUGCUGGUAUCAAUUUUGAUGAGUUCUUGGAUGCACUGAUGGAUGUUGCGUUUUUCAUGCAUCCAGAUACGGCAACGAAGGAGCAGUCAUUUGAAAACCUUGUGAUUGAUUUCAUCAUACCAUUUUAUGCAAAAGAUCAGCUUGCUCCUGGCUCUGAAUCCUUGUCGUGGGAUCAAAUGGAUGAGAUUUUGGAAUCAAAUAAAGUAAAAUUGAUCGCUCAACAGUUUUCGAAAACGAUUCAAUGUCUUGCUACGUCGUACAGCUUGGACGUUGGGUUUGCUCAUCGACGCAGCGUCUUGGGUUAUCAAGAGUUUCAGCGCUUUCUUCGUGAGGUGAUCCCGACAACUGUACCCAUUACCUCGACUGAGGUGUGCAGAUUAUUUAUGCAUCAUUGUCGCAGAAGGCAAGAUCAAAAAGAAGAAUAUCCCGAAUUUCAGCUUGUAAAAAAAGAAUCAAUAGCUGCUAUCUAUUGCCGGAGCUUAAAAUCGUACCCGUUGGAGAUCAAGUGCGAAAAUAUGAUAGACGUUCUUGGACAUAUCGCUCUUCUCGCAAUUCCUCGACUUGCUAAAGCAAUGAAGUCAAGUAUUUUUAAUUUCUGUGACGUGAAUUUCAAAAACAAACUUGGCAUUCUGUCUUUGAAAACUCUUCUUCAUCACAUUUCAGACAAUUUGAAAGCAGAAAAAAGCAUUUUUGUCAAAAAGAACAACGACUUUGAUCAAGCGAGAGCGCUCUUUCUCUUGAAAUUUCGCAAGAUGCAUCGCGAAGAUGCACUUGUUGACUAUCAAAGCAGCUAUUCUUUAUGUUGGCACAUAUUGACAGUAAAGCUUCACUAUUACGAGACUUGCAAAAGAUACCCAUCCAUAAGAGCACAAUUAUCUCACGGCAAUCAGAGUCUGCGAUAA